AUGCUCCGACUGGGCCACUUGCUGCUUCUGCUAGUGUUGUGCCUUGCAGUCUUUUCUAUUCCGACUUCGUUUAACAAGGGAAAAAUCCUCAACAACAUUUUCAAGCAGAUCCACAACAAGUUGGUUUUUCUUCUAUUUUUUCAAUACUCUUGAAAACCGUAUAUUUCGAACUUUUAUCAUGGCUAAAAAAUUUUUAAAAAGGGAACUGCCUCAAGUACCGUUAUAGUUUUAAAAACAGACUGUGAAAUUUUAAAAACAUCUUUUCAAUUCGCCCUCGUACAAAAAUAUAUCCUGGCCAUUCCUCUUCCAAAGCUGCUCCAGUAGCUUCCAAAACUUCCUUAUUUGAUCAAAUCAACACUUCCUUAUUAAAACGGAAGCUUUCAUUGAGUUUUUGAAUCAUUCCAAUAAGUAAGUUGAUAUUUCCCUGAGCUCGCUCAUUCCGCUCAAUUUGACAAAAAUACUGGGUCGGAUUUGUCUCCCCAUUUUUUAGCCAGCCCAAAAAAAAAAAAUAAGCUUGAAUACUCCAUACUUAGUCUCUGAGACACUAAUAGUUUAUUUUUUCAGGAAAGCAGUCGGUUAUGCAGCGCCUUAUGAACAGCCCUACGGAUUUGCCGAUCCUCCAUAUGGUCCUCAAGGCGACGAACCGAAUUUCUUCGUCAUUGUCUGA